CUCCAUUCAUUCGCGCGGCUCCGCCUCCUUUCCCGAGCUUCGUCUGCUCACGGGGCGCGUCCGAGAGAAUGGCAUUCCCUGUGGAUAUGCUGGAUAAUUGCAGUCAUGAGGAACUGGAAACUGCUGCUGAAGAUUACAUGUCAGAUUUAAGGUGUGGGGAUCCUGAAAAUCCAGAGAGCUUUUCUCUUCUCAAUGUUACGAUUCCUAUUAGCCUGUCAAAUGUAGGCUUCGUGCCUCUUUAUGGUGGAGAUCAGACUCAGAAAAUUCUUGCUCUCUUUGCUCCUGAGGAUUCACUCACAGCUGUGGCACUUUACCUUGCUGAUCAGUGGUGGGCAAUUGAUGAUAUUGUGAAAACAUCUAUCCCUUCAAGAGAAGGGCUCAAGAAGGUGAGCACUCUUGGGGAGAGAGUGGUUCUAUAUGUUCUGAAUCGAAUUAUUUAUAGAAAACAGGAAAUGGAGAGAAAUGAGAUCCCAUUUCUGUGUCAUAGCCGUACUGAUUAUGCUAAGAUUCUGUGGAAGAAAGGAGAGGCCAUUGGGUUUUAUUCAGUUAAACCAACAGGAAGCAUAUGUGCCUCAUUUCUUACCCAAAGUUACCAACUGCCAGUUCUUGAUACAAUGUUUGUAAGAAAGAAGUUUAGAGGAAAAGAUUUUGGGCUUCAUAUGCUGGAGGAUUUUGUUGAUUCCUUUACAGAAGAUGCACUUGGCUUGAGGUACCCACUGUCUUCUCUUAUGUACACAGCUUGCAAACAGUACUUUGAAAAGUACCCAGGAGACCAUGAACUCCUUUGGGAAGUUGAGGGUGUUGGACACUGGUACCAGCGAAUACCAGUUACCAGAGCAUUACAGAGAGAAGCGCUUAAAAAUACAGCAGUUUCUCAGAAUGAAGCUAAGAGACCUAUAUCUGGAGACUGUGGUCUUGCAUCUGUUCCAGAAUAUGAAGCAAGCACUGAAGACCCUCAUACCAGUGAGAUGCAGCUAACGAUUGAUUCUCUAAAAGAUACCUUUGCAAGCACUUCUGAAGGUCAUGAUAAAACAUCUGUUUCCACACGUACUCGGAGUAGUCAUCUGAAGCGGCCCAAGAUUGGGAAACGGUUUCAGGAUUCUGAAUUGACUAGUUCGCUAGGUGAAGAUGAAAAGACUCCUCAGACUUUACCUACAGCUUCAAUAAACAAAUUGGACGCUUCUGCACGCACAUCAGAGAGCUCAGAAGAAUUCCUGGAAGAAGAACCAGAGCAGAGAGUGAUUGAAUUUGAGGAUGAAAGCAGCGAUAAAGAUGCCAGGCCAGUGCUGGAAACCCAGCCACGCCUGGAGAAGCAAGAUGGUGAAAAGGAAUCUGAAUUAGAGCCUAUGAAUGGUGAGAUAAUGGAUGAUGCCCUUAAGACCUCACUUGUAACUGAAGAGGAGGACUCCACUAGUGAAGGUUUAGAUGAAGAAUUGAAAUUGCAGUCUUUUAAUUCCAGCGAAGAUUCUACAAAUCUUGUUCCACUGGUGACUGAAUCUUCAAAACCCCCUGAGACUGUUGCAGCAGAUAAGAUUCCACAUAUAACUGACUCAGAUAUGUUGAUAGACCAAGGCCCAUCUGAUGAAAAGGGGCACACUGAAGAGAAACUGUCCCUCAUUCCCAAAAAGAAAGCACAUUUUGGGAGUUCAGACAGUGUUGCUACUCUCUCAAAUGAAGAACGAUCAGACAGUGGUUUUCCAAACUCUGUGACACCUGAAUUUUCUGAAGAACCGGUCUCUGAGAAUUUAUCACCCAACACCACUUCCUCAUUGGAAGACCAGGGCGAGGAGGGGGUAACUGAGCCCCAGGAAACAUCUACUGCUCUUCCCCAGAGUUCUCUGAUAGAGGUAGAACUUGAAGAUGUGCCAUUUUCACAGAAUGCAGGACAGAAAAACCAGUCUGAGGAGCAGUCUGAAGCAUCUUCUGAGCAAUUGGAUCAGUUUACACAAUCUGCAGAAAAAGCUGUGGAUAGCAGUUCUGAAGAAAUAGAGGUGGAAGUGCCUGUGGUAGACAGGCGGAAUUUAAGAAGAAAGGCCAAAGGGCACAAAGGACCUGCUAAGAAGAAAGCCAAGCUGACCUGAAGAAGUACAGAUGACAAAUCCCCUUCUUUGUAACAUAAUUGUUGUUUUUAAA